AUGAGUCCUUCAACGAGUCUAGACAAAGAUGAACAGGGAAUCCCUGUUGAUGAAACUAAGUAUCGUGAAAUGAUUGGCUCAUUACUGUUUCAAUCAGCUCCUAAGGAAUCUUAUCUGACUGUAGUAAAGAGAAUCAUUCGAUAUCUCAUUGGGACUGUCUCCCAUGAACUAUGGUAUCCUCGCUCUAACUCUUUUAAAUUAGAAGGUUUUUUGGAUGCUGACCUUGCAGGUGAUAAGGAAGAUAGAAAGAGCACAAGUGGUACAUGUCAAUUACUUGGAAAGGCAUUGAUAUCCUGGAACAGUAAAAAACAAACAUCAGUUGCAUUAUCUACCACUGAAGCUGAAUACAUUGCUAUUGGACAAUGCUGUGCACAAUUACUGUAG